AUGAGGAGAAUAAGGGAGAAACAGCAAAUGGAGAUGGAGGAGGCACGGAGUGUAUGGCUGGCAAAGCAAUUGGAAAAGGAGGAACAGCAAAGAAAGGCACGUCUUGAGGAGCUGGACGGAAAGGCACAGCGGCUUGGAAUCAGGCUGAAGGGGCAAGGCCACAAGCUUGGACAUGGGGACAAGAAGGCAGAGGAGGAGAAUAAUGGCAAUCAACUCUCUCAGGAGAGAGAACGGACGGCAGCUAGGACCGGAGAGACAUCGUCAUCGUCGCGCUCAUCGACACAGCCAGCGGAACAAAGACCAAGACCAAGACCUCCAGCUGGGGGUGCUCUAGGUGGGUUUGGAAAUCUGCCAACGUACAGGCCUGCGGCGCGGCGCAGGCCUGGGGGAGGAGGAUGACGGUAAAGAAUGGUGGCUGUGUCCUGCUUUCUACUCCAACAGAGAGCCCUGCAUUCUGCAGAUGUGAAAGGGCGAAGAAAAGAAAAGAAAAGAAAAGAAAAAAAAAGAGGCCCUGUGCUCUGCAGUCAAAAUCAGGCCUGCAGUGAGAAGAACACCAGCCCUUCAUUAUGGAGGGGGAAAAUCAUACCAGGCCUGCAGUAAAAUACAGACCCCCAUUGAAGGGGUUUUGUGAAAUACAGCCCCACAUUGAAGGGGUUUGUAAACUACAGCCCUGCCUUCUCUGGCUUCCCCAUGUAACUAGCCCCCACUCCCCCAACUGCUGCAUUUCUCAUUUCUUUCCGUGUCUCCGCGUCUCAGCGUCUCUGCGUAGGUUCGCUGAGUUGUUGCCAAUCGCUCGUGCGCAUAGCGCAUAAGCACAUCAUAUAUGCUCUUCGAACCGCAGCAGACUACCGGCUUCACGCAAAUAGAACACCCGGUCGUUAUAGCUGUAUUUGGUCCGGCUUCCAGUCCAGAUAGGGCGAAAAGUACUGGGUGUUCUAUUCGGGGUUGAAGACGGUAGGACAAUAUAGACGAAUUUAACAUGUCGCUCUGUUCUGCAGAGUUUUGCUGUCAAGCUGAGGCAUGAAACAGGUAUGUGAAUAGUUAGGAAAGGGACAAGGGAGGGGCGGGRGGGGGGGGGGGGGGGGGGGGGGGGGGGGGGGGGGGGGGGGGGGGGAGGGAUGAAUGUUUUUGGAACAUGGGGUCUUGAAGUCAGUUAUCGAGAUCGGGGGGGUAACUAUCGGUCUUUUUUGAACCCCUUCCGAAGGCUGAAGAGGCCCAAAAAAGGGAGGGUUCAUCUGGAUUGCAUAAGCCAAUGGGAGCAUCAGCAGAGUGAAGUCUGGAAGGAGCAGGAACAGCCACCAUCCUUAUCAUACGGCGCGAUCACAUGUCGAGAGAAAGAGCACACAACUUUUUGCGCCACCAAGCAACACAUAGAAGAUUUCUGCUUCGCUGCGCCCGCCUGCGAGGAGGAGUGCCGAAGAACGACUUGGGAACUAAGUUGCAUUGUGCGGUGUGAGGAGGAGGUUGAGGGAUCUGGAGGUUCAUUCCAUAAUCACCAUCCAACCUUACUUUCCUCUUCUUCAGCGCCCUCCUUCAGCAAUCGAGUGCCGGAGUCCUUGCAGCCUGUAUGAUGUGGUUAGUGCUGGAAACACGCAGCUGCGUGCAGAUAAUCACUGACGAAUGGUGGUGGCGAUGACACCACUUGGCUGUUCGGAGAGAGGAAUCGUGAUAGCACGCGUUGACUUUGACUGUGUGUGUGCAUUCAGAAGGGGAGGAGGACAGACAUGAAGGCACACACACCGAACGAGAGGAAGGAAGAAAGUGUCACGGAGACACAGAGAGAGAGAGAGAGAGGACGAGGGGGGGGGGGGGGGGGGGGGGGGGGGGGGGGGGGGGGGGGGGGGGGGGCAUGUCAUGGGAUUGCCCCCUUUGUUGGUCGCUCUCUCUCACACUCACACAUAGUACACAUUCUGGCGAGCGUAGAGAGAUGAAAUUUUACAGCAUACGUUGACCUUGUGUGUGCAUGUGGAAGAGAGAGAGAGAGAGAGAGAGAGAGAGAGAGAGAGAGAGAGAGAGAGAGAGAGAGAGGAGGAGGAGGAGGAGGAUACACGUUGUUGAUCCGAGUAAAAAACUCUCCCUCUC